UGGCGCCGGCGCCGCCGCUCUCCGCCCGCUCCCCUUUGGGCGCUUUCCGCUGCGCCGGGCGGAAGUGGGUCGGUGCCGAAUUGGUUCCCCCGCAAGGCGGGACUCCGGCACCUGCGGCGCCGGAUGAGUAAGGCCUGGCGGCGCGGCAGGAUGGAGGGCGGCGAGCACGGGGAGGAGGCCGAGGCGGGCGGUGGACAUGGCUCUCACAAGAAGAAGCACAAGAAGCACAAGAAGAAGCACAAGAAGAAGCAUCACCACCAAGAGGCGGCCGGACUGCCGCCCCCCGCGGUCCCCGAGCCCUCUGCUAGCCUGCGCAAGCCCCAGCUUAAGCUCAAGAUCAAACUGGGGGGACAGGUCCUGGGUACCAAGAGCGUCCCGACUUUCACUGUGGUCCCCGAGGCCCCACGCUCACCCUCCCCGCUGAUGGUGGUGGACGAGGAGGAGCCCACUGAAGGGGUGCCCAUUGAGCAGUACCGGGCCUGGCUGGAUGAGGACAGCAAUCUGGACCCCUCACCCCUACCUGAUCUGGACUCAGAGAGCUGCUUUCCAGCCCGUGAGGAAGAAAUGGAGGAGGAAGAGCGCUGGCUUGAUGCCCUGGAGAAGGGCGAGCUGGAUGACAAUGGGGAGCUCAAGAAGGAGGUGGAUGAGUCCCUGCUGACUGCCCGGCAGAAAGCGCUCCUGCACAAGCAGCAGAGUCAGCCACUGCUGGAGUUACCCAUGGGCUACAAGGCGAAGGAGCUGACAGAGGAGAUGCUGGUGAAGCGGGAGGAGAGAGCCCGCAAACGGCGGCUGCAGGCAGCCAAGAAAGCUGAAGAGAACAAGAACCAGACCAUCGAGCGCCUGACCAAAACCAACAAGGCCAAGGUGAAGACGCUGCGGGAGCGCAAGUCCAAACAGCCUCCCUGCCCGGUUGUCCACUACUGCAACGCCAUCGACCACAUCACCGUCUCUUUCCCAGCUGGCAUGGCCCUGCCGUUGCUGCCUGCCCCACCUCCCCCCGCCAUGCCCACACCUAUCCUCUGUGCUGUUGCCGGCUGCUCCAACAUGAAACGCUACUCCUGCUCACGCACUGGCCGGCCCCUCUGCAGCCUGGCCUGCUAUCGGAGGAACCUCCAGCUGCAGGAAGCAGCUGCCUAGGCUGAGCAGGUCAAUGGGGAGGGCCAUGGACCCUCCGAGAUGGACAGAGUGGGGCUGUGCCUGCACAGCGGGGACUGGGAGCAGGGGGUAGGCCAGUCUCUCCAGCAUCCACAGAUAGGGGUUGAGACUGUGGGGCAAGGACUGAAGCAGCCGUGAUGGGGGCUGUGGUGGGGGCCUGGCUCGCCCGGAAAGGACAGAGGUGCGCAGAGACUGAGGGGUUCCCGGGGCAGUGGGAGGGUUGCUGCGGGCGGGUCCCAGGGCUGGUCCCACAGUAGUGUUUGAGCUAAUUAAAGGUUAUUGCCGAAUGAA